CGACAACCCGGAUAAGCCGUCGCAGAGAUAUCUCAAAUUAUACGACGAAGAUACCAUUUUUGCUGUAAGGCUGUUUGUGUGUACAGUCAUUUUCUAUAUGUAGAUUUUUUGCAGAGGAAAGGAAGCUCGUCUGGCAGUGAUUUGAAGGAGGCGUUCGGCACAAUUUUUAUGAUUUCCAAGUGUUAUUUAUUACUGUGUGCAUGUUCACAUCUGAAAGAAGGAUAAAGAAUGCGAGAAGAGGAGUUUGAGACGUCCAUAAAAGUCCUACUUGUCGGCAAUGGCGCUGUAGGCAAGUCUAGUAUGAUCCAGCGCUACUGCAAAGGAGUUUUUACCAAAGACUACAAGAAAACAAUAGGAGUCGACUUUCUAGAACGACAGCUACAAGUCCAUGGAGAAGACGUACGUUUGAUGCUUUGGGAUACUGCAGGACAGGAGGAAUUCGAUUCGAUCACAAAGUCGUACUACAGAGGUGCACAUGCUUGUGUAUUGGCUUUCUCAACGACGGACAGAAGAUCAUUUGAAGAUGUUGCAAAAUGGCAGGAGAAGGUUGCUGAGGAAUGCGGUGAUAUUGCUAUGGUUUUGAUUCAGAACAAAAUUGAUUUACUAGAAGAAGCAGUUGUUGAAGCCUCUGAGGUGGAAGAGUUGGCGAAAUGUUUGAAAUUGAAGUUGUACAGGACGUCUGUCAAAGAUGAUUAUAACGUAAACGAAGUGUUUCUGUACCUUGCUGAAAGAUAUUUGGAAAUUCUUAGCAAAAUGGAAUCGUCACAAACACAUCCAUCAGACACAAAAACAAUAGGAUUAUUUAGUGCUGAGGCUACAGGCCUAGGUGUGCAAGCUAUGGCGAACAGCGAGGGAGAAGCAAACAACGCAGAGAUGAGAAAGAAGACUCGAGCAAAGAAUGACAGCCAGGCGACUGAGAGUUCAUUUCAACUGAGACCAAACAAAAUGCGCACCGGUGGAAAGAAGAAUAAACUCUUGUGUACUGUUUUGUAGCUGAUAUAGCGAUAGUUGUAGUACGUACAGCUUAGCAAAUUGUAUCCAUAUCCGCAUCCAUGUAGCUACCGAGUUGCAGUUCUCCUUGGACCAGUUUUAUUCCUGCUUUAUAUUAUCGGUCCAUACAU